UUGGAUUAUUAACGCAGGCGAUCAUCAUGCCGGUGCGGCGGGGUCACGUCGCGCCGCAAAACACCUUCCUGGGGAUCAUCAUCCGCAAAUUCGAGGGUCAGAAUAAAAAGUUUGUCAUAGCCAAUGCCCGGGUGCAAAACUGCGCCAUCAUCUUCUGCAACGACGGCUUCUGCGAGAUGACGGGCUUCUCGCGGCCAGACAUCAUGCAGAAGCCGUGCACAUGCGACUUCCUGCACGGACAGUUGACCAAGCGGCACGCCGUCGCGCAGAUAGCGCAGGCCCUUCUCGGCUCGGAGGAGAGGAAAGUGGAGAUCACGUACCAUCGCAAGGAUGAGACGCAAGAAAAGGUGUGUGAGGACCGCGAUGUAAAACCUGCCCUUUAUAAAGCGCGUAGCAGGUGUGAGAGCUAA